UCCAGAAAAAGCACCCUAGCAGGCUCUGGAGUAGCGAGAUGGUGGCAUGGCUCAUGCUGGCUCUGCUCCUGCACAAAGCCCCACAAACCACAGCCCGUGCCACUGUGAAGGUGACAGGAGUGGUGGGGAGAGCCGUGUCUCUGGGAGUCGACGUCCCCCCGGGGUUCCAAGUCAGGGAUGCCAUCUGGAGGUACCUGGCGCCAACAGAAGAGCUAGUGGCCACCUAUUUCAGGGGCUCAGCAGAAACCCUGUACCAAUCCCGUUUCUAUGGACGGAGCCAGCUCCACGGUAACCUCACCCUGGAGAUCAGUCCGGUGGAACUGGGAGAUAGCGGCACCUUCUCAGCCCUGCUGGUGAACACACGAGGACAGACGGAAACACGCGUGCUGCACCUGGCAGUCUAUGAAGUGGUUUCCCGGCUGACACUGCAGGUGUUCACAUCGGAGAGCAGCCGCAGCGGCUCUGCGAGGGUCUGCGAGGUGUUCUUGACCUGUGUGGCGGCUGGUGGCACCAAAGUAUCCUACAGCUGGGGCAGGACGGAUGGCGAGAUGCUGAGCAUGGACAAGCACUCUCUCUUUGAGGCUGGCCUGGUCCUAUGGGCUAAGCUGGACCCCUCAGAUAGGCAGGUGUCCUACACCUGUACUGCAGCUAAUGCAGUCAGUCGGGAAUCAGCUACCAUCGCACCCUGGGAACACUGCCAGAGGGAAGCAGGUUCGGAAGAUGCUGUGUAUGACUAUAGGAACAUCCUGCUCAUUGCUCUGCCCCUCUCUGUCCUGGUUCUGGCAGUGGCUGUCUUCGGGCUCCUUCUCUCUUGGAAGCGCUCAGGGAAGCAAAGAACGAAACCGCUGUUCGAUGCCUCAGAGCCUGACGCAGCCUCUGUCUAGGAAUUGACACUGUGUGCAGAGCAGAGGUGUGUUCUUCUGUGAGAGCAGCCCUCCUUUCUCUUUGUUGCUGGCAAGGCAGGAAGCUCACAAGGUUUGUUUGACCCACAUUCUCUUUUCUUCUAGAGAACAUCUCAGGGGGCUGGCAGCUUCCAUUGCCCCAGUGACAGCUGGGUGACUGUGAGAGUCACUGUGGGUCAGGAUCCCAGCACAGACUUGCUUUCGGCCACAGAAGCAUUAACCAGCCUUCAGAGCACUCGCUCACCCUUUGAACUGUGUUUCUCUUCCAGACCCCCACCUUAAAAAACAUGCAGACAUUUUUACUGAAUUUGCUUGUUUCUGUCUACAAUUUUCAUCAGCAUUACUGAAUAGUCCUCAGCUCAACAGCAUCCUCCAGGGAACUCAGACCUCACCAGGAAACCCAUUCGAAAGCCUUGUCUUCACUGCAAAAAAAGGAAAAAGGGAUGUCCUUAUCUGGAGUUUGCUGACUAGAGGUGACUGACUCCAGGUGUAACUCUAGAGAAGGCAAGGCAAUUUGUCAUUUCACACGAGGUGGCCAGUUGAAUUAACCCUUGGCCCUCCCAUAGUCUUUAACUAACUGGCUAACUCAGAUGAAGAUGCCAAACUGCCUUGUCUUCAUGAGGGUUUUACCUCUAAUUCCUACAUUCAUAGAUUCUAAGGUCAGAAGGGACCACUGAGAACAUGUCACCUGUCCUCCAGGAUAACACAGGCCAAAGAACUGCCCCCAAAAUGAUUCCGGCUUGAACUAGAAAAUGCCUAUCAAGUUAAGAGCACUUUUUUCCCGUGAAAACAAGCUCAGCUGAGUGCAUGUUGGGGCUGAGCAUUCCUGAGUAUCUGGCCCUUAGUUAGGUGUCUAACUGGGAAUGGAGCUUUUAUGAAAAUGUGGGUCCAGCUGUAGCUGCAGAGUCCAUGGCAAUCUGGCCCUCACUCCACCUAUACAGGUACCUGUUACCACUUUCAAGACUUUCAAAAGAGAGGUUUAUCUGAGUAUAAAGUACAAAUUGUCUUCAGCAUGUUCAGAAACUGCUUGGAAGUUUGGGGGCCUGGAAUCCACUGUCAGAAGGUUUGUGGUAGACCUGGAAAAGGAUAGCAACAUUCCAUGCAUACAUGUAUAUUCACAGACAGGAGCUUGCAUGCGCACACACUCACGCGCACACGCACUCUUUCAUAGCAUUCGUUGAAUAUGAGUGUAUCUUCAGUAACUGUAACUGAAUGUGACCAGAAAGUAUCUGUUUAUUAUGUUCAUUGCAUGAUUUUUUAAACUAUAUGAACACAUGUAAGAUUUGUGGAAAAGAAUUAGAACUACGUAUAAAAGUCAAAUUACAAAAAUGUCUACCCAGAUUUGUAGCUGAGUGUUUGAAAGCGUAACCCAAGGUUUGCAAUUCUCCCAGUAAUGAGCUGACAGUAAAAUGCUGACGAUAGUUCAGUAUUACAUGUAUUGUAAAAUGGUAUAUGAUGUGUUUAUUUUACAUAGCUCAGUUAGUAGCAUACGAGAAUCUUAAUCUCAGGGUUGCAGGUUCAAGCCUCAAAGUGGACCCUUGAUUCUACUACAUUAAGCAUGCUUUCUAGGGAUUGGACUAGAUG